GGCAGGCGGAAGGAAAACAUUUGUCAACAGGAAGUAUGUAGUAAAACAUAAACACUUCAGUCAGUUUGACAGUUUUGUUCUUGUAUUGCUGAGUAAGUCUAGAACUCAUCAGUUGCAGUCCACGAACGCUGAGAAAGUAAUGAACAGCAAUGGCACAGCAACGAGGAGUGAACAAUCUGCGCUUUAACCAGGACCAGAGCUGUUUUUGCUGUGCAAUGGAAACGGGAGUGCGAAUUUACAAUGUGGAGCCUUUAAUGGAAAAGGGUCAUCUAGAUCAUGAACAAGUGGGAAGUGUGGGUCAUGUAGAAAUGCUCCAUCGUUCUAAUCUCCUUGCUUUUGUUGGUGGAGGGAGUAACCCAAAAUUUGCAGACAACUCAGUACUUAUCUGGGAUGAUGCAAGAGAAGAGAAAGAUGCCAAAGACAAGCUUGUUCUAGAAUUCACAUUCACCAAGCCAGUGUUGGCUAUCAGAAUGAGAUCUGACAAAAUUAUCAUUGUACUGCGGAACAGAAUUUAUGUGUACACAUUCCCUGACAAUCCAACUAAGCUGUUUGAAUUUGACACACGAGACAACCCAAAAGGUUUGUGUGAUUUGUGUCCAAGCCUGGAAAAGCAACUCAUUGUUUUCCCUGGUCAUAAAUGUGGAAGUCUUCAGUUAGUGGAUUUAUCAAAUACAAAACCAGGCACCUCAUCUGCUCCUUUCACGAUCAAUGCCCAUCAAAGUGAGAUUGCAUGUGUGGCUGUGAAUCAGCAAGGUACAGUAGUGGCAUCAGCUUCCAAGAAAGGUACAUUAAUCCGUCUGUUUGAUACUCAGACAAGGGAAAAGUUGGUGGAGCUCCGCAGAGGGACUGACCCUGCCACACUUUAUUGCAUCAACUUCAGCCAUGAUUCAGCCUUCCUCUGUGCAUCCAGUGAUAAAGGCACUGUUCAUAUUUUCGCGCUUAAGGAUACAAAGCUGAACCGUAGAUCAGCGUACGAUUGCAUUAUUUCUCCUCUGUCUGUUUGUCUCUCUAUUACUUUGAAUUUCUCAUCUAAAUUAAGUCUUGCACGAGUGGGCAAAGUGGGGCCCAUGAUUGGACAGUACGUAGACUCACAGUGGAGUCUGGCCAGUUUCACUGUGCCUGCUGAGUGUGCAUGUAUUUGUGCCUUUGGGAAGAACACUUCAAAGAAUGUGAACUCUGUUAUUGCCAUAUGUGUUGAUGGAACAUUUCACAAGUAUGUCUUCACUCCAGAUGGGAAUUGUAACCGUGAAGCUUUUGAUGUCUAUCUCGACAUAUGUGAUGAUGAUGACUUUUAAUUGCAAUGUUUGCAUGCACAGCAUCCUGGAAUUGACGGCCUUUUAGUCCACCUCUCCAAAGCAGAGAACCACCUGUAAAACAUAAUUGUUCUGAAGAGUUGCAUUCCCAGUACUGGGCAUGAAUGUGGAAGGUGGCAGGCAGCUACCAAGUCAGAGCUCUGGAAGAGUAUUUCAAGAUGUGAGUUGUAUAUGCUGCUUUAAAUUCACCAGACUAAUGAUAGCAUGGAAACAUUUGUAAUUAAAAAAAAAAAAUCAAAGCAGCAUUCUUAAAGUUUGUGACGUGAGCUGGGUGACAAAGAAAUGCCUAUGUAUUUAUUUAGGCUGUAGGUCUCUGCUCCAGAUCAGACAUCCUUAUUUGUUUACCUAGAAGUAGCAUUUAAAGCAGCAUUUCCAGCAGGCUGCUUGCUAUGAAGGCACUGGGCCAUAUUGGUGAGCCACAGCUCAACACUAAUGCUUUCUUAUCCAGUACAGAAUUGGAGUACAAACCUUAGCUUUAUUUGAAAAUCUGAGCACUUACUCAUUUGUAGUAUGAUCCUGAUUAUCUCAUGUAUCCUUGGACUUGAGCCAUCUCUCCCAUCUUUACAGCUGAGGAGUAGUGUACAUUUUGUUGAGAUUUUACAUUAUCUGUUCCACAAACGUUAGUGUUACAGCACAUACUAUAUUAUGUCACAAAAUCCGUAGCAUAUCGCCUACUCCGAGGUGAUCUCUGCCUAACAUAUAAAGCUAUGUCAAACCCAGAGCUGUUGGACAUGCUACACCUAAAGAAAUCCCAAUCCC